UGCGCGCGAGUUACUCGGGCGGCCGGGGGCCGCCAUUUUCUUCCAGCGAGGGAGAACAGUUCGGAACGUAGUAGUGAGAGUCCGCGCGCAUUAUUCCGUGAAUCGAGUGGUCGAGAGUAGUGAGUUCGAAAGACGUGAGAGCUCCUUUCGCAUACGCUGCGAAUCGCGUACAAUCGUAUACGUACGUACGGCCGUGCGGGGCCUGCAGUGUGCCCGGUGGCCAGCAUAUCCGCGCGCGACAUCGUACUACCGUACUGACCGCGGCGGUCACCCGGUAGACGGACGCCGCCGCGCGCCGUUUUGCAGAAUCGACGACGAACCGAGGAAGAUAUAUUUCCCGAAACAGCAUAGGAAGACCGAGCGUAAAAAAGAGCUAAGAAAAAUCGAGAGGAGAAAGAGAAAAAGAGAAGACAGCACGCGCGAGCGCGGAUAGAGAGAGAGAAAGAAAGGGACAAGAAGCAAGGCGGAGAAGGAGAGAGACACACAGAGUGUGAAAUAGUUUGGUGAUCGCAGUGUAGCCGCGCAGUGCAAAUACUCGACCGGCAGUCAACUUCGGUUGUUACAACGCCGAACGGGAAUAUCAAGGGGAGAGUGAGUCGCCUCCGACAGGAGACGGUGCUUACUGAGUCGUGAUGCGUUGGAGAUUCGGCGGUUCUUACCUGAAGACCGACCGGAAGUCAGUGUUGCAGAAGCAGUUUGUGUGACAAAGCCUAAAAAAUAAGAAGAGUGUUGAAACAUUGUAUUAGUUGGACUAGAAGAGGCACUUCCAUUGUGAGUGUCUUAUUGAAAAAAAAUUCUGUUGUCUUCUACCAGUUGGAAGAAGACCGAAAGGGGGUGGGCAGUCGUAAUUUUUCUUUGUAGUGACACUGAGAGCGCACAGUGAAAAUAAUAAAAAUAGGGGGGGCGGUCUGCUGACCGAUGGACAAACGGAAGAUGAUGCCCAAACGCCCUCGUAUGGAGAACUUGAGGGGUCCAAUUGCUAAUGGACCGAUACAAACACGGCCGCUUGUUGCACUUCUCGAUGGCCGUGACUGUUCCAUUGAGAUGCCCAUUCUCAAGGAUGUCGCAACCGUUGCCUUCUGCGAUGCACAGUCCACCUCGGAGAUACAUGAAAAGGUAUUAAAUGAAGCAGUAGGCGCGCUGAUGUGGCACACGAUAAUCCUGACAAAAGAGGAUCUGGAAAAGUUCAAGACGCUUCGAAUCAUCGUUCGUAUUGGUUCUGGUGUGGACAACAUCGACGUCAAGGCUGCUGGUGAGCUCGGUAUCGCAGUAUGCAAUGUGCCAGGCUAUGGCGUUGAGGAGGUAGCUGAUACCACUCUUUGCCUCAUUCUAAACCUCUAUCGGCGCACCUACUGGCUCGCGAAUAUGGUGCGCGAAGGCAAGAAAUUCACAGGACCAGAACAGGUGAGAGAGGCAGCUACUGGAUGUGCAAGGAUACGGGGUGAUACACUUGGUAUUGUUGGCCUGGGUAGGAUUGGCUCGGCAGUUGCGCUACGUGCCAAAGCGUUUGGCUUCACCGUCAUCUUUUACGAUCCGUACCUGCCGGAUGGCAUCGAAAAAUCGCUAGGUCUUACUAGGGUUUACACACUACAGGAUUUGCUAUUCCAGUCAGAUUGUGUAUCUCUGCACUGUACCUUGAACGAACACAAUCAUCAUCUAAUAAACGAAUACACUAUUAAACAGAUGAGACCAGGAGCAUUUUUAGUCAAUACAGCGCGAGGUGGUUUAGUGGACGAUGACGCGCUUGCUGCAGCGCUGAAACAGGGUAGAAUCCGCGCAGCAGCGCUAGAUGUCCACGAAAACGAGCCAUACAAUGUCUUUCAGGGUCAGUCUACGAAUCAGUGUCCAUUGAAAGAUGCGCCCAAUCUUUUGUGCACUCCACAUGCCGCCUUCUACAGCGACGCAAGCUGCACCGAGUUACGUGAGAUGGCGGCGAGCGAAAUACGACGGGCGAUCGUCGGCCGCAUACCCGACUGCCUGCGCAACUGCGUGAACAAGGAAUACUUCCUUUCCUCGACCGGAAACGGCUUUUCGAGCAGAUGUUAACUUCUCUUCUCUUCCGAGUGAAAGUCCGAAAGCGGUCGUGAAAGUCGAGCGUGACAAAAUCUCUCGAUGCGUGUGUGUAUAGAGUAUAAAGACUAAGCGCUUAGACGAGACUUAUAUAGAAAAUGAACGAAAGAAAGAGAGACACAAAGAAAAAGACGAUUCCGUUCUCGGGAAUCGCGAUGACCUGUGUGUGCAUUCUCGCGUUCCUGUUCUCGUUGGCGAGGAACGAUUGCUACUCUACCUAGAGCACACCUAGAGCGCAACCUUAGAGCGUAACGAAGUCACACACAGAGUCACGGAAAAGAAAAUUGGAAGCUACUCUACACACUACAAUAAAAGCUACUCUACUACAUAAAUGAAAAAAAAAGUGGCGCGCGAAAUUUUUGAGGUCUCGCCCAUGAUGUUGUUUUUCGCUUUCUCUUUUCUUCAGCAGUUACCCCGAGGGCAUCAACGGCGGCUACUAUGCUGGGGCGCUGCCGGUGCAACAGACGGCGCAUUCGACGACUCCUCACGAUACUGCGCCCCCACCCCCGGUGCCCGGUGCCGGCGGUGG